UCGUAUGCAAAGUAUCAAUGGCAAUCGGGAACAUCUAGGAAGUAAGCGUUUUAACUUUCUGCGACGCACAAUAAGGGAGUUGUCUGUGGUAUUUAAUGAAUGCUUCUUCAAAUAUUUUGUUAUACUGCUCUCUUAUCUUUUAUUUCAUCGUCUGAUGCGCUGCCAGCGGCUUAAAUGUAGCGUUACGAGGAAGAGGGAGACGUACAAACCUGAGCUUCCGAGACCCGAAGCUCAGCUCGGUAACUCUAAACCUUCAGUUAAAAGGGAGACGGACAAACGUUGAGCUUUCUGGACCGAAGCUCAGCUCGGUAACUCUAAACCUCCAGUUCUCAAAGGACGUCUAAGGUUAACAACACCAGCGCGAGUCUCCCUUCCUCAACCAUUCGGGAAGCUUUUAGCUACGUUUCGGUUGACUGCGGCGAUGUCUCUGGUCGACCAGAACCAGCAGUCGUUCCCCACCAGCGUGCAGGUAACGGUGCACCAGGCUCGGCACCUUCGCCCCAAGGGGAAAAAUGGCACGAACGACGCCUAUGCCAUCAUCCAGGUGGCCAAAGACAAGUUUUCCACCGCAGUUGCGGAGAAGAGUAUGGCCCCGAUGUGGAAAGAGGAGGCUUCGUUCGACCUGCCGCUCUUCCACCCGGGCAACGUCGACCGCUGCACACUGCACAUCAUCGUCAUGCACCGAGUUCAGGCCGGGCUCGACAAGUUCCUGGGUCAGGCUGUAGUCAACUUAUUGGAGCUGUACGAAAACAAGGGACGCCAAAAGCCAGAUUGGUUCCAGUUGGUGGACAAGAGUGGAAAAGCGGACAAGCUGCGAGGCGACGUCCUGCUCGGCAUCACCUUCAUGAGGAACAACAUGUCAGCGAGCAUGGUGGACCUUUCUAUGCGGGACAAGCCUCGUUCCCGCAUGUCCAAGUUGAAAGACAAAGUCCGUUUGAAGAAAAAAGACAGCUUCUCUGACUCUGGCUCGGCUAUGAGCCAAGUCCUGACAGACAGCGAUGGAGACCGAGAUUCACUCUCCUCCAAUCGAACUUCAGGAGAGAAAAAAAAAUCAAAGCUAAAGAACCUCUUUGCACCUAAAUCCAACUUGCAGCGGAACAGCUCACAGUCCAUGUCCACCCUAGGGACUUUUUCUGCGAAGAACUCGUCCCUUAGCGGCAGCCGCUCGUCUGGUAUCAAUGUAGAAACCCCUGAAGUCAAGAAGAAAUUCAAAUUUCUUGGGCACAAGCGGAGUGGUAGCUCAGACAGCAAGGUGUCUUUAGGUCCAUUGUCCUUGUUGAGCCGCUCCAAGCACAGCAACAGUGACCUAAACAACCCCAGCAAUAACGCCACCCAUGUUUCUGCUGAAGAAGCAGAGGCCAGGCGCGGCUCUACUCUCAGUCUUAACAGCUCCGGCCAAGGUUCUAUGGAGAAUGUACAUCAACGCACCGACAGUGUCUUGGCAGACAAACAUGCAUCAGUGCCUUUGUUUAGGUCUGACACUAGAGAUAGGCUUAUGAUGGAACAAAAAAGACAAGAGGAAGAGGAAAGAAGGCAGAGUGAAGCCAUGCGUUUGCAGGAGGAAGAGGAGAAACAAAGGAGAUGGCUGGAAGAAGAAAAUCAGAGAAAGGCAGAUGAAUAUGAGAGGACCAGACGCUUUGCUGAGGAGGAAGUGAGAAGAGAGAAACAGAGGGAGGAAGAGGAAGAAGAACGCAGAAGGCUGGAAGAAAUAGAGAUUGAGGAGCGCCACAAAAUGGAGGAGCUGGCCCCAAAAAGAGAAGAGCAGAAAACUCAUGAGGAGGCGUCCAUGAGCGAAAGGCUCUCGUCUCUGUUUGGAAUCAUAAGAAAAAAGGAGGAGGCGCCACAGCACCCCGAAGAAGAAGAAAUGACCACACAAGCUCCUCACUAUGACACAAGAGAUCAGCAAGUCCUCAAGGCCACUAACUCAUUUGAGAGUAUUUCACUCAGCUCUACAACUCAAUUUAACAGCAAUGAAAGCCCAUCUGAUGAGCAGAAUUCCAGCUUCAAUCCACAAAGCUCGUCGGCCAUGCUCUUCCAAAAUCGUGCUUCAAAAGUGUCCACAGUUAAACCAAGAUUGAGUCAUUCUCUGGAAUCUGAAUCCUCUGAACACCUGAAAUCUGAAUACUCUGAGUUUCAAACCACCAGUGUUCCAGUGGACCAACAGUGGUCCUCCCCCAUCACCUCUGAAUCUCCCCUCUCUAGUGUACCGUAUGACGUCCCCGAUACUUUCUCCGAUCUUCAUUCAUCCUUGGCUCCCCUGAGAUUCAGGCAAAGUCUGUCUGGUUCCCUACGUAAGCGUCCGCCCGGUUCCCCGUCCGGUUCCCCGCCCGGUUCCCCGCCUGGUUCCCCUUGUAAAAGCCCACCUGGUUCCCUGUCUGGUUCUCUGUAUAAAAGCCUGCCUGGUUCUCCACCUGGUUCUCAGUAUAAAAGUCCGCCUGGUUCCCCACUUGGUUCUCUGCGCAAAAGUCCGCCUGGUUCCCCACUUGGUUCUCUGCGCCAAAGUCCACCUGGUUCCCCGCCUGGUUCUCUGCGCAAAAGUCCGCCUGGUUCCCCGCUUGGUUCUCUGCGCCAAAGUCCGCCUGCUUCCCCACUUGGUUCGUUGCGCAAAAGUCCGCCUGCUUCCCCGCUUGGUUCUCUGCGCAAAAGUCCGCCUGCUUCCCCGCUUGGUUCGCUGCGCCAAAGCACACCUGGUUCCCCAUUUGGUUCGCUGCGCCAAAGUCUGCCUGGUUCCCCACCUGGUUCUCUGUAUAAAAGUCCGCCUGGUUCCCCGCUUGGUUCACUGCGCAAAAGUCCGCCGGGUUCCCCGCCUGGUUCCCCGUGUAGAAGUCCGCCAGCUUCCCCAUGUAUAAGUCCGCCGGGUUCCCCGUAUAGAAGUCCGCCUGGUUCCCCUUCUUACAGUGUCGAGUCAUCUUCACCCACAAUGGCUGAUAAGACAGGAAGAUCCCCCUUGCCACCCUUGUAUCCCAUAUAUGAGGCCCAGACUGGUGGAACCAAAGAGGCGCAGAUCUCCAUAAACCCAAAUGGAUCUCAGCAGGCGAAAAGACUCUCUCUUCCGCUUCCUGAUUAUGAGACACUAUAUCCUCAGAAGAGGCAUGGGGUACAGGGACACACUCGCUGGGAUCAUAUCAUUGCUGAGGUCAAUCAAAGGCAUAUGGACAGUGCACCAGAAUUGAUAGGUCCAGAGAUGAGUGUGGAUGGCCCAGCAUACCCAGGGGAGGCUGAACCUUCAUUUCCAGAAGAGAACAAUUCUGUUGGGUAUUUUCAAACACAUUACAUGGAAAGCAGACAUCGGUCAUCUAAAAAAGUAGCAGCCCCUCCUCCACCACCUAAACAAGUCACUGCAGAAAUUCUAAAUACUGACAAAACUACAAGUGGGAGCCUCCACGAGAUCUCUCUAAAUGGAUCAGAGAAUGCUUUGCAACAAUCCAUUCGACCGGCAUAUCUGACUAGUUCUGUAAGCCAAAUGGAGUGGGAUUCGGCAGCAUCUGAUGACCAGACAAAAUCUCCAGAGACCCUUGACACACAAGUUCCCACUGCUAGACCGAGGCAACGAUCUGUCAAGAAAGAGCCUACAGAGAUGGUGGUACCACCAAAACCAGCCAGAACAUCAGAUGGUCUCUAUACCAGAGUAACCCAGAGGGAACAAAAACCCGAAAGCCUUGGAAUGACGGCGGAUGAUCUUGAUCAAAUAUUCAGCGAGGAGAAAUCAAGGGAUCCCUUCUCAAGUUUGAAUGGCUAUGAGACAAGCAAAGGGCAGGAUGAGGAUGAGGACAGGGAAACCAGUCCAGGUUUCCCCCUCAAAAAUUCAGCUAGACAAACGUCAUCCCCUCUAUCGAGAAGUAACUCUAUGAAGGCUUUUAUGUUACAGCGAGGAUCUCCGGAUGAAGAGCAAGCCACCAAAAGUUAUCAAGAACGCCCAACAAGGGAUACUGUCAUUGAAUCCAUCACACAAAGACAUCCAGCUGAUGGGAAGGCACAAGUUAAUCUUUCCGAUGGAGAGGAUCCAUUUGGUCGAGAUUAUUUUCCAGAAUCGUCCUCGUUCCCUGUUUCAGACCCCCUCCCUGUUCUAAUGGAGGAACCGUCCUCACAAGCAGAAGUGUUGUCUGCAAGACAGAAACCCAAGAAAGCGUUGAUGCCACCCACUGAGACUCCUCAUCUUGUCAGUUCCCAGAUUAGCAAUGGAGAUGGCCUUGCCUCCACGUUAUCCAGGCCUCAUCCAGUGAAGCCCAUGCACUCGAUUGAAAGUCAGCAUCCCACCACCACUUAUGCACUGAAAGACAUGCGUGCUCAGAGUGGCACAUCUGGAAAUGUGAAGGUGGCAGGCGUGGCUGGCGGCGGACCAUUCACUCAACUGACCCAUGAAGAGCUGAUCACGCUGGUGGUGAGGCAGCAAGCGGAUCUGUCCAAGAAAGACUGCAAAAUCAACGAGCUUGAAGACUACAUUGACAACCUGCUGGUGCGCGUCAUUGAGGAGAAGCCUGCCAUCCUGCAGGCCAUGAACACUACCAAGCCAGUGUGAAGUAACGGCGAAGGAAGGAAGAGCCCAGUGUGUAUAUUGGUCCAGUACAGUUUUUCUUGUGUGUGCGUGUGCUGGUCUUACUGUGUACUAAGACUCAUCCUUAUGGGGCUCUCAAGGCAAAUGCACUUUGUGGAGUAAUAUUGAGAUUUCUUUGAGAAUGCUGGAAUUGGUGUGUGAUUGAUGAACAAGCAGCUAAAUGUGUGUAUUGAAGUCAAUGUAUGUAUUUGGACACAAAGGUACUGCUGUUGCUUUAAACACUUGUAAAUGUAUUUGAAAUGAUUUUAUUUACAAUACUUGAGAGGUGGGAUGCGCUUCAUUUAAUAACGGAAAUGUUUUUUCCAUUGUAGAAUAAUUGUAUAUAUGACUCAAUCAUUCCACAUGUAUAUCCAUUUUAUGCAAAACUUCAACUGAUGAUCACUGAUUUUUUUUUUCUCCCUCCACUGAGGUAUUUAUCCCCUCUGCUUUGCUUUCUCUGGAGAUAGUGUGCCUUUGGUGAAAUUGAGAAAACCAGCAUAAAGCAAGUUGCUAAUAUCGCUUGUGUUUGCAGUUGUCUGAGUCCUAUGAGGUGAUUGUUAGGGCGACAGCGCAGUCAUGUUUGAGAACUUGACAAAAUAGCACGGAAUCAGACUCCUAAUGAUGUGCUCUUCCAGGAAGUCGAUGAUAAUUGAAGACAGUAAAAAGGUUCCUGUGCUUCCAACUCGGCUUAAGUGGAAGCACUUGUGAAUGAGCACGCCAUCUCUGCCUUCCUUUUUACCACAUUUGUGAAUGCCUUUGCAGAAAUUCUUGCAAUGUUUCUAUUAUGAAUGUAGAGACAUGUCUUCCGAAGCCUCUUGUGUCUUAUUAGCUGAAGAACUCAUUGUUGGCUACCUCUCAUCAUUCUGUGGGCUGAGCACUGAAAAUGUCCCCUGAUGCCUCGUGCAUUGCAGCUCCAGUAAUGAUCCUGUCGACAAAGAGGUAAUGAAAUGUGGUUUUAUUUUAAAUAAAGACACUUCAUCAUCCGAA